AUGUCCAGUUAUGAAUCAUCUAUAUCUAAUCAAGAAGAUUUAUUCAAAGAAAAUGAUCAACAAAUGAAAACCAUUCGUCGUUUAGAUAUACAUAUUAAAUUACUUUGGAAAUCACAAAAGAAUCUAUUGAAAACAACAAAUCAAACCGAACGAGAUAAUAAAAAGAAAACUAUUCAAGAAUUUCUUGGAUACGAAAUAAUCUGUCAUGAUGCAUUUAGGAAAAAGGUGACAAAGAUAUGA